AUCAGAUUAAUCGAAGUCCUUCCCGGCAUGGAAGACGAAGCAAUCCAAUGUCGAAUCUACCAAGUUAACCUGGAUGCUGACCCAAAAUACGAAGCGGUUUCGUAUACGUGGGCAGACGAACGUGGUGAUCGCUCCCAAUCGAAAGCUAUCAUCUGCUCGGAGAAAAUCAUGUUUGUGACGCCUAACUGUGAGAGAGCUAUGAGACGCUUCCGGCGUCGCGGGCUGAGACGCACACUUUGGAUCGACUCCGUCUGCAUCGACCAGGAAACGGUUAGGGAAAAGAACCAUCAAGUGUCUAUCAUGAAGGAUAUUUACACAUUGGCAUCUCGGGUCUUGAUCUAUGCAGGCGACUCCUCUCUACGCCUCGAUCAUCUGCUCAAAUAUAUUGACCCCUCGGUGGAAAAGGAUGGAAUGAAUCCUAAUGACAAGCGGAAAGAUGCCGAUGAAUUGUUUUGUAAGCCUUGGUUUCAACGAAUUUGGAUUGUCCAGGAAGUUGUUCUUGCGAAGGUGGCCAUUUUCUACAUUGGUAGCUAUGCCAUAAAUUGGACAGAUCUGUCAAAACGACGACUCUCCCAGCUUGGCCUUCGGCCUCGGAGUGGUAUUUGGCCAGGAGUUUUUCUAUGGACAACACACCGAAAUUUGAAGGUCGAUCUACUCGCUGCACUCCAUGCCACACGCAACUGCUUGGCGAGUGAUUCUAGGGACAAAAUCUUCGCUUUGUUGAGCCUAAUUGACGAUCCCAGUCAUACCGUUCAAGCAAACUACGAACUCUCUGUGGUCGAGGUUUUCACUCAUAUCGCGGUAUACCUGAUCACCUCUCGCAACUCGCUGGCUAUACUUUCUCACUUGCGCUACGACCCGAAUAAUCAGAUGCCUUCAUGGAUUCCGGAUUGGUCU